CACUCUUCAAGAUCCACGCAACAGCACCUUCUUCAUCGACUACAAGUUUACAACCGUGAAGACCAAGAGAUGUUUUACGAAGGCGAUAUCCGGGACGGCAUAAGCCUGGCUCUUCAGCAGUCCAAAGCUGUUCUAUGUUUUUUGCAUGACCAGUCUGAGACGAGUACGCAGUGGGAGGAUGUCUUGAACAGAGAACCCGUCAAGGCUGCCAUGACCUCGCAAGCAAUCGCCCUGAGGCUUGAAGCAGGUACACCAGAGGCCCGGUUCCUUUCCCCCAUAUGCCCCAUAAACAGCCCACCUGCGAUCGUUGUGAUAAAGUAAGGACUCCAACGGUGGGAUGCCGGUGCGCACUAACGACAUAAGCAAUGGGCAGUUGCAAGAGAAUCUUCAGUCUGCCGAGGUUUCAACUACGGACCUUGAGAGACGUCUGAUGCAUACGUUUGGUGUCGAAGAUGCUGGAGAUGAAACGGCCGCCGAAUCUAACGCUGAGCAGGGAGGGCAAACUUCUCAAAGAGAACCUGAGUAUCUCGAUCUACAACCUGUGACAGGCGGAAUGCGACUACCGAACAAUGCCUACGACGCCCUGCGGGACUAUACCCAGAAACUACUUGACGGCAGCACGUCUCCCUCCGAGGUUUUCGAGACUCAACUGAAUCUGAUGAACAAUAUACCAAUCUUCCAUGACGAGGUGAAGCGGCUAAGAGAAGGCGCACGUCGAGAGGUAUCGGAAUAUGCACGUUCGAGGCUCUUACGCCUACCAGCCGUUGGACUCCGGAUACCUAGCCAGGCACAGUCGUCUUCUGUGUCGACCGUAUCUCCUCGAUCACAACCACAGCGACCCGCACCGCCGAGCCCUGCUCCUCUACCGGUGGCAACGACACCACAGCCGCAACAGCACGAUACAGCAUCCUUGCCAUCCGAUCGACCGACCACCGAUCGACAAAAGGCCCAGCGAGCAGAAUACAUCAAGAUGCAGCGCGAACGAGAGCAGAAGCAGCGUGACGAGCGCGAGCGGAUCAAGGCACAAAUAAAGGCCGAUCGCGAAGAACGUCGACGCCUCGACGAACUGCGGAAACAAGGUGAACCAGGCCACCCAUCGUCUGAACCCUCGCCUGCAUCAAAGACAAGAAACACAGAAGUAAGAGUGCAAGUCCGCACCUUUGACGGCAGCACAUUGCGAUCUACCUUCCAAGCCACCUCCACCCUAACGAAGGACAUCCGGCCCUGGAUUGAUUCCGAGUCUACCACGACUGCGCCGUACAAUCUCAAACUCAUCCUGACACCUCUGCCGAACCGAAGCAUUGAAGCCGCCGAAGAGGAUCAAGAACUGCGCAAUCUCGGUAUCGUCGGCAGUUGUACUUUCGUCAUGGUUCCUGUCAAGGGCUAUGUAGAAUCGUACACGGGUUCUUCGACAGGAGGACUCCUCAGCUCUGCUGUCAGUGGAGGCUACAACCUCGUCAGCGGCACUGCAGGAAUGGUCUUCGGCGGGGUGAAGAGUAUUCUGGGUUAUAAUCAGCCAACAACGGUGGGAAAUGCCUCAUCCAACCCCCAAGGACAAUCUUCGACACCACAGAAUGCAGCGAGGAAUGUGCGCGUCCGCACAUUAGCCGACCAGCGGGCGGAGAGUGCGAAGCGGGACCAGCAGUUCUACAACGGGAAUCAACUCAAUUUCGAGCCGAACAAGGAUGACAAUGAUAAGAAAGACUAGCGCUCGCCUGGAAGAAUCAUUGGUCAGGUCCAGAUAGAGACGCGGGACAUCUCCAUGAUAGAGGAAAGGAGCUUUCGUGGUCUGUCCAGUGCACUUCAUACUACAAGAUGAGCGAUAUACAACGGUUGGGACAUCUGGUGCUUCAGGCCAUUACCACAUCUCCGGCAUGAAUGUCGCUUUGAGGCUGGGAAUGCACAUCUCUUGAUUUCAAGCUCAAGCUGAUCCUAUCGGGUGCUUGUCCGAUGUUGAGCAAUCGAGAGAGACCUUGAACUAUCUAUAUAAAUCAACACUCCAAUCGUGCGUCAAACCCCCUGCUUUGAACUUGGCACAAUACAAAGUAAUUAGCAUUAA